UUUGACACAUGUGCUCUAGCUGGUGUUAAAAGCCAAAGAAAAGAGGUGGGUUUUAAGAAGAGUUUUAACAUUAGACAGAGAGGAGGCUAAUGUCUAAUGUGCAGAGGCAGUCCAUUCCAAAGUUUUGGAGCUGCAAAGGCAAACCUCUGAACAGAGCCAAAGGUCAGGACACUCCUCUGAACAGAGCCAAAGGUCAGGACACUCCUCUGAACAGAGCCAAAGGUCAGGGCACUCCUCUGAACAGAGCCAAAGGUCAGGACACUCCUCUGAACACAGCCAAAGGUCAGAGCACUCCUCUGAACAGAGCCAAAGGUCAGGACACUCCUCUGAACAGAGCCAAAGGUCAGGACACUCCUCUGAACAGAGCCAAAGGUCAGAGCACUCCUCUGAACAGAGCCAAAGGUCAGAGCACUCCUCUGAACACAGCCAAAGGUCAGGACACUCCUCUGAACGCAGCCAAAGGUCAGGGCACUCCUCUGAACACAGCCAAAGGUCAGGACACUCCUCUGAACACAGCCAAAGGUCAGGACACUCCUCUGAACACAGCCAAAGGUCAGGACACUCCUCUGAACAGAGCCAAAGGUCAGAGCACUCCUCUGAACAGAGCCAAAGGUCAGAGCACUCCUCUGAACAGAGCCAAAGGUCAGGGCACUCCUCUGAACAGAGCCAAAGGUCAGGACACUCCUCUGAACAGAGCCAAAGGUCAGGACACUCCUCUGAACAGAGCCAAAGCCAUUCCGCCAAAUUUAGUUCGUAAUUUAUUCAAUACAAUUUCCUAAAGCAUUUUUAUUGUGUGUUGUUGGACCUGACAGAAUUGUAAUUCUUGAAUAUGUUUAGAAUCCUCAGAUGAUUCUGCGUCCACAGAUGGCGCAUGGCGUGUAGCGUGUAGCAUGUGGCGUGUAGGGU